GCUUCCCGGCAAACAAAAAGAGAAAUUCCGAAAAGGAUUAAAAAAACAAGCAUUAAGUGAUUUAAAACCUGAAAUCGUAAAGGCUAUUCAAGUCCUCAGAAAUGGCAAUAACCAGCAAGAAGAUAACAAUAAAAUUGGUUCUCCUGAUAAUUUUCCAUGA